AUGGCCGACGCGGACGAGCCCCAGUUCAACUCGCUCGCCGAGAGAAUUGCGGCGCUCAACAAGCAAAAGAAUUUCGACACGGCUAGUCCCUCACGCAAGAAGCCGUCACUGCCUACGCCGACUUCGCCCGUCGGUUCGCCAUCGACACAUGGGCUCGCGGCGGCGACGGCGAAAGCGAAAGCAGCGCCAACACCAACGCCAACGCUGCCUCCGCGGCCCAUCAGAAACAACGCGCCGCCUCCGCUGCCUCGCCGCGAGUCCCAGCCUUCGAUCGCUUCCCCCGUCGAGUCGUCGCGGCAGACAAAGUCGGAUGGCCGUCGACUCCCUCCGCCCCCUCCGCCUGUGCUGCCGUCCCGCACACCGUCGUCCCAAUCGUCGCCGCCACCCCGACAGCACCUAGCAGCCCAAGCUGGCCUCUUGGCAAGCUUGGCACGUCGACCCAGCUCUGCAUCGUCGGAGAGAUCGCAGCUCUCGACCGUGUCGUCCGUCUCCAUCGGCCACCCGGCGUCCUCCAUCUCGAGUCAGGCGUCCAACGGCGGCCGCAUGUUGCCCCCGACCUACGAUCCCUCGAGCCUACCCCCGCUGGCCCCCACGAGGCGGGAGCUCGAGGCGAAGGCGAAGGAGACCGAAGCUGCGGCCAAGGAGGCGGCCGAGAAGCAAUCGGGCGCUGCAAAGGGUAGCAAGUUCGGUUCCAAAGAAACCCGGCCAUCGCCCAGGCCAACGCCGACGGUGCCGUCGAGGCCGAGUCUUCCUCCGAGGCUGCCGUCGAGGCCUGCGAGGUCGCCGAUUCCGCCGCCCGAGGCGGCCGAGCCCAAGCCCGCGGCUCGAAAGUUGCCUCCGAUGCCCGUUCGAGGCUCCGAAAGCGCCCGGUCGACGCCGCCGAUUCCGACGCCGCGCCAGGACGACGAGGCGCCGCCCGCAAUCCCUCAUGCCUCGCGGCCGUCGGUUACGCAGAUUCAUUCAUUCUCGGGCCGGGUUGCCGAACCGGAACGGCAAGCGCAGCCGUUUCCUGAUUGUUGGGUUUGUCGGGACUGGAGCGGCCCGGACGCUGUGGCGGCGCAGUACCCGACCGCGAGUCUUCCUCGGAACGACCCGGUCGGUCACCUCGCCCGCGGCCUCUGCGGCCCCUUCCCCUCCUCGGCGGAUAAAGCGCGGGCCAUCUUCAGCUGGUGCCACCACAACAUCAGCUAUGAUACCCAGGCCUUCUUCAGCAACAACGUCAAGCACAUGGAGGUCGAGGACACCAUCUUCAGCGGCCGGGCCGUAUGCCAGGGCUACGCCGAGACGUACCAAGCCAUCGCCAACCGGGCCGGCCUCGACUGCGUCGUCGUCUGCGGCCAUGGCAAGGGGUACGGUCACACGCCCCUGAAGAGGGGUGAGCGUCCGCCGCCGCCCAAGCCGGACGGGCACGCCUGGAACGCCAUUCGCUUGGACGGCGGGGCCUGGAAGCUCAUCGACGCCUGCUGGGGAGCCGGCCACGUUUGCGGUGCCAACCAGCUGUUCAAGAAGGAGUUUUCCCCCGGCCAGUUUACCAUGAGCAACGACAAGUUUGGGCUGAGGCACUUCCCGCGCGACGGCCGUCACCAGCACCGGUCCGACGGCCGCACCGUCUCGUGGGAAGAGUACUUUCGGGGUCCCAUCGACGGCGAACCGCCCACCUUUUACUCGGACGGGCACCAGGAAGGCGUCGCCGAGGACAGCGUCGAGCCGAGGGAAAAGGAGAUUUCCGUCUCGGACGCCCAAGCCGUCGUCCGCUUCCAGUUCUCCAAGAUUUGCGAGCACUGGACGUCGGAGGCCAACGGACUGGGCAAGCCUCCGCUCCUGCUGCUCACCAUUCACGGCGUCGAUGGGCGAAAGGACGACAUGAUACCGAUGGAGACGAACGGAUUUUGGCACUGGGCCGACGUCCACGCCAGAGACCUGGGCGCUCCGGGACAGACGGUCCAGGUUGUUGCCCUGUCGACGAUGGGCGACCAGGACGGCCGUGGCGUGACGGCAGCCGAGUUCCUGUCCAAGAGGGGCAAGGUCGGCAUGUCAUGGAAGGGCGUCAUCGCCUGGCAGUUGAUCUGA